AAUACACACACAAACGGCUCAUAUUUAUAAGCUUAAUUUUACCUCUGUUCAAUAUUUUGAAUCCGAUCGAUCAUCCUCAUGGCAUCUGACCAGGUUAAGCUGUUGGGAGCUUGGUGGAGCCCUUAUGUGCUUCGUAUUAGAGUCCUUCUUAACCUUAAAUCUAUAGAUUAUGAAUUUGUUGAGGUGCAAAUAAAGCCUAAGAGUGAGCUUCUUCUUCAACUAAACCCGAUUUACAAGAAAAUACCCGUCCUCGUCCACAAGGACAAGCCCAUAUGUGAAUCUCUCGUCAUCAUUCAGUAUAUCGAAGAUGUCUGGACUACUUCUGAUUCCUCCUUGUUCCCUACCGAUCCUUAUGAUCGGGCCAUGAACCGAUUUUGGGCGGUUUAUAUUGACGAUAAGAUAUUUCCGAUUUUAAGCGGAUUACCAGCUGCAGCCAACGAGGGAGUAGAAAAAGAGGCAAUAGAUAAUCUUGUUGAAGCGGUAUUUCCCUUGGAGGAUGUCUUUAAGAAUUGCAGCAAAGGCGGGAAAUUCUUUGGCGGAGACAAGAUUGGAAUUCUAGACAUAGUUCUGGGAAGUUUCGUAGGUGAUGGGGUGAAUUUGAUUCUUCUACAUGGAGGGAUGUCAUUGCUUGUUCAGGAAUGGAUUGGUCCAGAUUGUUGUCACUUAUACCGCAUUGGCUGAACUUGAUAUGGUGCCUGAACUUCUUCAGGAGAUGUGUGAAAAGGGACUUGAGUUGAACAUUUACACUUACAGUUCACUUAUUAAUGGUUUUUGCAAAGAUGGAAAUAUUUCCCAAGCACUAAAGGUGAUGAUAGAAUGGGAAGCAUUUGACAUGCUACCUGACUGUUUUACCCACACUACACUAAUGGAUGCUUAUUGUAAAUCUGGAGAAAUGGAAAAGGCACAUCUUGAAGAGGGUAGGGAGAUUCAGGGUUGGAUGAUGGAUAAAGGUACUUCCAGUUUUACUUGAAGUGUCAUCUGCCGGAGAUGAAGUCAUCAAGAAAGAGGUAAUAGACAAUCUUGUUGAAGUGCUAGCUCCCUUGGAGGAUGUCUUCAAGAGUUGCAGCAAAGGAGGGAAGUUUUUUGGUGGAGAUAGGAUUGGAUAUCUGGACAUUGCUCUAGGAAGCUUUGUAGGUUGGUUCAAGGUCAUUGAGACAUUUAAUGACAUUAAGUUGUUUGAUGAAACAAGGUUUUCCAGAUUGUCCAAGUGGAUUGAGGACUUUGCUAUUGAUGAUGCUGUUAUUAAUGUCUUGCCUUCAACUGAGAAGUUGGUUGAGUUGAUUAAAGGGUCCAACAAAAGAUCUCAGCCUAACUAGAUGGAUUUUGCGUCGCUUUUUGUAAUCCCAUAUAUGCCCAUCUCACUUUGUUACAUGCCAUUUUAUUAAAUACGAAGGGACCUGCGCAAUAUAAGCAAGUACUACAUGUAAGCAGCGGCGGUCACAAGAUUUCCAGGAGGGGCGGCAAUAUAAAAAAUAAAUACAAAUACAUAUGCAUUAAAAUUUUUAGGGCAAGUUCAUAUACCUAGGGAAAAAAAUUGGAGGGAGGGGGGCGGCCCCCAUUUGCCCCCCUUUGGGUUCGCCGCUGCAUGUAAGGACAAUAAAAAU